CAUGAGUACCAAAACGUGUACCGUAAGUCCAAACAUCAAAGUGGCUCAAUUGAAAUAACAGAUCGCCCAACUUACUGAUAUUCGAGAAGAAGAUCAGACAUUGAUCCUAAAUGAACACACACUUGAAGAUGAUCGGCAUCUUUUCAGUUACAACCCAGAAGAUUGCCAAUUCAUUUAUGUGAAUAGAGAAAAUCAAGCAGUUGAAGAAGAAGCUCCUGAAACAGAGGUUUUAGAAGUUCAAAAAGGCUACAAUCGUAUGAAAGGAUAUGAGAAAUUGGGGAUUGUUCAUGAAGAUUCGGAAGAAGAAGAUGAGAGUCGAAAGAAAUCUGUAGGAAUGCUAAAAUCCUAAAUGGAAAUUGCUUCUGAAUUCAUCAAGGUUAGUAUUAUUUAUCAUUUUAUCAGCUAGUCAAGUGCAAUGACAUCCCUGCAGUUAAGGCAAUGGUUAGUAAUCAUAAAAGUCCAUCUUUCGAUAUUAUUAACGACAGAUAAUAUUGUGGAUUUAGUGGAUUCCACUAUGCUAACCAAUAUGGUCAUGAAGAACUGGUUGUCUAUCUUCUUGAGGAAGGGGCUGAUAUUAAUUUCUGUACCAAAGAUAGACAAUCCCCUCUUCAAUUAGCUUUAAAAAACUCGAAAAUUGAAUGUGCUAAAAUUCUUCUUAGCAAAUAAGUCUGCGAUGUGAAUUAUUGUGCUUAAGGCAAAAGUGCCUUACAAUUGGCAGUUUAAAAAGGUGAAUUGGAUAUAGUAGAACUCAUUCUCAAACACCCUUAAUUUGAUCCUCAGGCAGUAGAUUUGAGUGAAAUCAAAGGAGAUUAACAUGCUACUUAAUUAGUGACCUACCAUUGUUAAUAGAAAUUGAACAAGGCACAAGAAGUAGUUAAACCAAAAGCUUAAAAGGGAUACAUCAAAAAAGUAAAUGUGAUGAAGUUUUUUCAUUAUAAGCGUUACUUAACAUUAGAUCCAGAGGCAGGUACUCUUUGUAGAUAUAAAACUGAAAGUGACUGUCCACUUAAUCCAAUAGAGACGAUUGCAUUAUCAAACAUAGUUACAGUUUGGAAUCCAAAGAGGGAAUGGUAUAUGAAGAGUGAUCACGAAUACUUGAGUGUAAUUAAAAUUGGUUUUAGUAUUUUAGGUUUCUUUUAAAAAGAGUGGAGUUGAGAUAUUGUUGUUUUGUUCAAAAAGUAAAAGUACUAUAUUGAGUUGGAAGAAGAGCCUUGAAGACUCAAUUUUGUAUUACAAAGAAACUGAAAGGAAGAUAGCUUAAUUAUCAAUAUAAGGAGACAUAAUGGCAUUGAAUCAAUACAUAGGAAAUGGUGGUGGAUAAUUUAACAUAAUAGCAGAUUCUCGAUGCUAAUCAUUGAAUGAUUAAGCUGCAUAAAAUUUGAAAGUGGAAGCUUAAUAAGUUUAAGAUCAAUUAUAAUAAUUGUAAUAAUAAUAAUAAUAAUAAUAAUAAUAAUAACAAUAAUAAUAAUAACAACAAUAAUAAUCUGCUGUCAAGAAUCAUUCUCCAGUAGAAGGAAAUCAUGGAAAUGAGUAAUACAAACAAUACUUAAUAAAUUAUACUAUUAUCAAACAGAUUGGAUAAGGAGCAUUUGGUAAAGUAUUUUUAGUAAAGUAUAAUCCAACUAAUUAAGUUUAUGCUAUGAAAUAAUUAAACAAGAGAAAAUUGUUGUAAAAGAAAUAAGUGAAAUUUGCAGUUACUGAAUGCGAUAUUUUAAAAUAAGUAGAUUCACCUUACAUUGUAAAUUUAUUUCAAUCUUUUUAAACCCUCAAUAAUCUCUAUCUAGUGAUGGAUUAUUGUGGUGGAGGUGAUUUAUCAUUUCAUCUGUAUAAACACAAGACUUUUAAUGAAGCUACAUGUAAGAUCAUUAUUAGGUAAUUGAUGAAGGCAGUAGAAUAUUUACAUAGCAAAGAUAUCAUUUAUAGAGAUUUAAAACCUGAAAAUGUUCUCAUAGACAAUGAUAGUAAAAUUAAAUUAGUUGAUUUUGGACUUUCUAAACAAACUGAAAUUGGAAAGGCUAGAACAUUUUGUGGUUCUCCUGCUUAUCUUGCUCCAGAAGUACUUUCAUAGAAGGGAGCAGUACAAGCAACAGAUGUUUAUGGAAUAGGAACAGUAUUGUAUGAGUUACUUAUUGGAGAACCUCCAUAUUUUAGUGAGGAUUUGGAUACUUUAUAUAAUAAUAUCAGAAAUGAUAAUUUAGAGAUCCCAACUCGGUUGAGCAAACCAUGUCAAUCUUUAUUAUAGAGUUUAUUGUAGAAGGAGGCCAAUAAGAGGAUUGGAUGUAAGAUUCCAUCCUAAGUCAAUUGGAGUAUUAUUAAAUAACACGAAUGGUUGGAUUGGGAUAAUCCUUAGGAAAAAGUGAAUUUUGGUUUAACUUAAGAGAACUUGGCUAACGUUGUUAAGAAUUAUACUCAUGUAAAUUAUAGAUUGAGGUUAUGUAGAAUUUAGGAGAUACCGAUUACACAGACGAAAAUUAUAAAUUAAAUAGAAUAGUAGGAUGGACUUUUGUUAGGGUUGUUUGAUU